GACAACUAUGCUUCGAUAGAAUCGGUAUGCAAAGUGCCGACAGCAAAGCCUCUUUCUCUGUGCGUUAUCAGCACAAUAGGGCCCGCCCCGUUAUAAAGCAACUCCCUGGAUCUCGGCUGGGUCGAAGUCUGUCCUCAACUAACAAUAGACAACAGAGGAAGUCGGUCUGACUUUCUAUUAUUUAUUUGUUUUACACUUUUACGCAAGGAAAAAUACUACUUUUUAUAAAGAUUCUUUUUCAAAUCACUGCGCCAAUGUCUCUCCUGCUGAAAUCCAGCCUUUUGGCGCUGCUGGCUCUCCUCCUCACUCUUGUUCCUGUGGGGGCCCACUGGAUUGUAGCCCCCAGACGGAUUGUUGAAAAUCAGGACUACACAACUUAUGACUCCAUUGCAAUAAUUCGUUCCGAUAAGGAAAACUACACAACAAUUAGAUAUUCUUUACGUGGGCAAGGUUGUGAUGAACCCCCAUAUGGUGUGUUCAGCGUGGAAGAGAAGACUGGCUACGUGAAAAUUCAUCAGAUCUUGGACAGAGAGAAGUUCAGCAACUAUACGUUGAAAGGUGUGGCAAAGUACCUUGACGGGAGCCGGGCUGAAGACGAUCUCGACCUUUUGAUUAAAGUUAAUGAUGAGAAUGAUUGUCCACCGGUCAUUGCGAUGCAGCAAGUCGGUUAUGUCCGUGAAUCCAGUGCAGCAGGCACUGUUGUCAUGAAAGUGAAGGCUACUGAUGAUGAUGAACCGAACCAACCCGCCUCAGCAAUUUAUUACAGAAUAGAUCAAUCGAGCAACGCAGCCGGGAUGUUUUACAUCGACUCCAGCUCUGGGGAGAUCUUUGUUCAACAGAACAAACUUGACAGAGAGAAACAAGACACAUAUAAAUUGACUAUAAUUGCCUCUGACCUAAACGGGUCACCAAGAGGAAACUCAGGAACCGGAGUAAUUGAAAUUAAACUUUUGGACAUAAACGACAAUAUUCCGACACUGGAGAAAGAAUCGUAUGAGGGAAGUAUCACAGAGAAUACAGUUGGCAUGGAGAUCAUGAGGAUAAAAGCUGUUGACAUGGAUCUGGUUAACACGGACAACUGGCUGGCAGCCUUUGAAAUUGUUUCUGGGAAUGAAGGUGGAUAUGUCAGCAUCACAACUGAUGCUGUGACCAAUGAGGGGGUCAUCACUGUUGUUAAGGCCCUGGACUAUGAGGAAUUGAAAGCAUUAAAUCUGGCUGUGAGGGUUUCCAACAAAGCAGAGUACAACUUUGGUGCCAGCUCUUCAGCGGGGUCGUCAUCAUCAUCGUCAUCAUCGAAAACCUACCCAGUCACGAUAAAUGUGCAAAAUGUAAAAGAGGGCCCCCGUUUUCAGCCUAGUGUCAAAGUGGUGACGGUGUCUGAGGAGGCGGGAUCCAGCAUGAACCAAGUCAUCGCCACUUACACCGCCAUUGACAGUGACACGCUGCAGACUGCCACCAAUGUCAGGUAUGCAAAAUUCUCUGAUAAAGACAACUGGAUCUCUAUUGAUGAAAAAACGGCUGAAAUCCGUCUAAAUAAAGCGCCGGAUCGAGAGUCCCUGUUUUUGAUCAAUGGAACGUAUUAUGCCAAAAUUCUAUGCAUCACCAAUGACGCUCCAUCCCAAACAGCGACGGGAACCAUUGCCAUCCAAGUGGAGGACUUCAAUGAUCACUGUCCCCAACUCACCUCUACCAGUCAGACCUUGUGCUACAACGACAAUGCUAUCUUUGUCACUGCUGAAGACAAAGACGAGUUCCCAAAUUCUGCACCAUUUGAGUUCACUGUGAUUUCUGAGAGCAAAGAUCAGACGUGGACAGUAGAACCUCUUAAUGGAACCUCGGUCAUUCUGCGAGAUCAGGCUCACCUGUGGCCUGGCAUCUACAAAGUGGCAGUGCAAGUCAAGGACCAGCAGGGAAAGUCUUGUGAUGAUUUGCAGACAAUAGAUCUGACAGUGUGCACGUGCCUGCAGGGCUCCAGAACCUGCGAUGCCCGCAACUCCAAAUCUGUUGUUUUUGGAGCUGCUGGUGUCCUCCUCAUGCUGCUGGGACUGCUGCUGCUGCUGUUGUUGCCUCUUCUGAUGCUGUUCUGCCUGUGUGGAAGCGCAGCGAUGGAUUUCAAGGCAAUUCCUUUUGAAACAAAAGAACACUUGAUGCAGUAUUCCACUGAAGGACAGGGCGAAGACAAGGGUAUUCCCUAUGUGCAAGUCCCAGUGGAAACUGGUGACAUCCAACUGAAUGCAAAGGACAUAAACACUUUUGGAGGACAGGGAUAUCUGCAAGGUGGAGGAUCAGCUUUGGGCGGUGGUUUAAAUAUGUCCACCUUAAGUGCAGAAAACAGGCGUCUUUACAGCCAGUAUGGACAGUCUUUUGUGCAUGAUCAGACAGACUUCAUGAGCUCUGGAAUGACAGGACAAGAGAUGGGCUUCUCCAGUUACAGAGGAGGGGCCUUCGAUGGGAUAGCUCUGUCAGAUCGUUUCUUGGAGGAAUACUAUGUCACGAAAUUUAACGACGCCUCACAGCAGUUUCAGGUGAAGGACCAGUCUCUGAUCUAUGACUAUGAAGGUCGAGGCUCGCUGGCAGGUUCUGUAGGCUGCUGCAGCCUUCUUGAAAAGGAAAAUGAUCUUUCAUUUCUCGAUGACUUGGGGCCUAAGUUCAGAACCCUGGCCGAAAUUUGCCAAGGAUCGACCCUGGUGACUGAGUCUGUGGAUGCAGGAGUUUCCAUCCCACCCAUUAGAUCUGCGUCUCCGGUCAGGCCUCCUGCCUCCUCCCAUGAGCACAUUCACACACACACGGAGAUGGUCAGGGAUCACGUUGACUCCUUCAGGACCUCCAACGUGACCUCUGGGUCCUCCACUAUGGCCCAGGAGGAACGUUUCACUGAGAGAGUACAGAGUUCAGCCCCAAAAGUCCAGGUCCAAGAGAACAUAGUCAUUCCCAACCAGACGCUGUACAUUCAGCAACCUGCCCUUUACUAUACCGCCACGCCAAUGUAUGUAGUUGAGCCCAAUCCCCAAAUGGUGCUCGUGUCUGGGGGGACCCAGCAGGCAAUGGGUCAAAUGAGUCAGGUUGGGUUUAGUCAGGGCAUGAUGCAGGUUGGAAGCAUCCAGGGAUCUCAGGGCGUGGUUCUUGUUGACGGGCAGUUAGGAGCGGGUGGGGCUACAGGUCAGGUGGCACAGGGUGGCUCACAAGAAGCCCUGUCAAGGUCCCAAACCACCUCCAUGUCCCAACAAGUGUUAAUGGCUGAGAAUGGUUCCUCCAGGGGAGGGUUAGGUACUCAGGCGGUGCAGGGCUUAGUCCAAACAGGACGGGGAUCUGCUGAGGCUGGCUUCCAGUUUAGGAGUGCAGGUAUGCAGGAGAAGACUUUUUCAAUAGGAUCACGUGGUUCAGCUGGGUCAAAUGAGGAUUUUGCCCUGACAGCCAUGCCCAAGGUGCAAGGCAGGCAGAGGGUUGUUACUCAGCACAAAAAAAUCUCAGUAACUGAGAGAAACAUAGAUUAGACCGUGAACAAUUUAGCCUGUCCGCAGAGGGAAAGAGAUGUUUUUGUACAGUAACAUUUUUUUACAGCACACUUGUUGUUUUUGGACAUGUAACUUUAUUUGGGGAGGGGGCUUUCUUCUGGAUUAAGUUUAAACAAAAAAAAAAACUUUUCCUGGUCAUGGGCACAGUACAGUAUUAAUGUUAAAAAAGCAGAGACAGAACCAAAUUUGAAGGAGCAUUAUAUUGUUUCUGUCUUUACACCUUUGCAGAAAGAAAUUCUGGUUAACAAGAAACAUUUUCUCCUUCUCUGGUCCCAAGUAUUUCCACUUCAGAUUGUUCUGUAUUCAUUUAAGAUGUGGCACUAACAAAAUGCUAAAUGGACAAACCGAUUGGGAAGCACAAAGUUGAUUUUUGUGUUCAGAUAGCAAAUGUUUCUUGACCAAAGUGAAGAAAACGUGUUUUUCUUCUUUUGUCUUUAAAGAAUAAAUCUGCCAAAAGUCAUUUUUAACAGUGUUUUUAUUGUUUCUACAGCAGAGUUUUUAAUGGAUCAGUCGAAGCAUAAACGUAGAAACUGCAGUAACAUGAAGUUUUUUAAUGCAUCAGGAUUUUAUUUAGACUUUCAUUAAUUUAAACUUGUGUUGUUUGAAUGUAAAAAGUUUAAUUUAACUGUGCAGGAUGUCAGAUUGAUUUGAAUUGAGAUGCAAUGCACUGAAAAUCUUUUUUUUUUUUCUGAAAUUACACUGUAUGGGAAAUAUGAAUUAUUUGUCAUUUGCAGUGAGAAUAUGGUAGUGUGGUUAUAAACGGCUUAAAAAUGAAGAUGUUGGGUCUGGGUUUAUUAAAUUUUGCUCUUGUAAUUAUUUUGCUAUUAUAAUCAAACUAAUUAGAAUGAAUGUUUUUGUACAUUAAAUGCAGCUUCUGAUACUUUUACAGCACUAUAGUAACACUUUUAAAAAAUGUUUGUUUGGGCUUUUUGCAACCAAAGGCACUUAUUCCUAAAAAGUGUUGGAUAUUAGUUUAUUUUCUUUUUUAAUAAAAUGCUUCAUUCAGCCAUAA